GAGCCCAUCUCCGCAGGGCUGGGCAGGAAGUGGGGCGGGGCUUGGGGCUCGGCCGAGGUGGGAUCUGGUACCCCAGUUUGGCUGCCACCCAGACUAACCAACUCACUAGGAGAAGAUGCCUGGGGGUUCCACAGCUCUCCACACCUCACCUGUCACCACUUUCCUCCUCUUCUUGAUCUCCGCUGCCAGCCUGGGUACGUGGCUAAAAGGCCCUGGGUGCCAGGCCCUGUGGGUGGACUGGGGCCCACCAUCGGUGACGGUGAGUGUGGGGGACGAGGUCCACCUCCCGUGCAGACACAAUGGCAGCAGCCCCAACAUCACAUGGUCGCGCAUCCUCCAAGGCAACAGCCUCUUGUGGCCCCUUCAGAUAGACCCCUCGAACCUGGGCUCCAAAGGCGAGCUGAUCAUCCAGCAGGUGAACAAGAGCCACAAGGGCAUAUACAGGUGCGAAGUCACAGAAGGCCAAAAUGUCCAGCGCUCCUGCGGGACCUACCUCCGCGUGCGUGAGCCUCUCCCCAGGCCCUUCCUGAACAUGGGGGAGGGCACCAAGAACAACAUCAUCACAGCCGAGGGGAUCAUCCUACUGAUCUGCGCCGUGGUGCCCGGGACGCUGCUGCUGUUCCGGAAACGAUGGCAGAACAUGAAGUUCGGGGCGGACAUCCAGGAUGACUACGAAGACGAAAAUCUUUAUGAGGGCCUGAACCUCGAUGACUGCUCCAUGUACGAGGACAUCUCCAGAGGCCUCCAGGGCACCUACCAGGAUGUGGGCAGCCUUCACAUUGGGGACGUCCAGCUGGAGAAGCCGUGACCCAGCGGGGGCCACCCUGCCGGCUGUGCGCCCAGCCCUUGUCUUACCACACUUCCCUGGAACCCGCUCUCUUUUCACAGUCUUUCCUGGGAGUGUCCUGACUCAACUUCCUUCUAGACUGUUCUCAAACCCUCCACACACCCUAACAAUCCUCCCCCUGCCACCUUUCCCAGGUUCCCCCACAACCAGCAGGUAAUGAGCCCUUAAUCGCUGCCUCUAGGGGAGCUGAUUGUAGCAGCUUUGUUAGUGUCACUUCCCCCCUCCCUGCUCUGUCAUGGCCACUUAGUGAUAAUAAAUCCUUCCCAACUGCA